UGUUCUAUGAUAAAAAUUUGAACGCAUAUUCUGUGAGCCGUUUUAAAAAAAUUCAGCAAUUUUUGUAGCUUCUUUUAUGUUGUGUUCUUCAAUGAGUCGAAAAUAAAUAAGAUGUCUUUCCCAAGAGAUAAUGAACCUAUUCAUAAUAAGCUACAUUUUAUAGAAAUUGAUGAUGGAACUUGCUGUGGACAAAAAAGUCUCAAUAUCGUAGUUAAAAAAGAUGAUGAGGGUAUCUUGCUUAUAAAACUGAGAGAUGAAAACAAUUUUCUUUUCAACUACACGACUGUGAUACAUAGAAACAAUUUUCCAAUAAUGAAGAAGGAGCAAUCCUUAGAUAUAGACUUUGAUGAAUUUGAGAAACAUCUCUUAGAAAUGCUCUUGCUGAAUUUGAGUAAAGAAAUGUUGAUGAAAUGUGAAGUUAAUUCCAGUAGGUCAAAGUGCCGAGUAAUAUUUUAUGAAAAAUCUAAAAUUAAGAAUUUGAUCCUGCUAUCCAUCGAAAUGGCCAUCACUAGUCAAAAAGAUUUAUUCGAAGAAAUGGAAACUAAUAUGAAAACGCUACAGGACACCAAUCGGGGUUUGUCAAAGCAAAUUGUAGAUUUGUCAAAGAAGUUGACUCUGAAAGAUAAUGAAAUAACUGAAAGUAGAGUGUAUAUCGGAGAAUUAGAAAGAAAAUUCAGACAGGAUAUGCAGAGUGUCAACAAAGUUUUCUUCUAUUGUUUGAGACAGUGCGAGUCUUUACUCACUGAGAAAGUAUCAGAAGUUUCUGGUAAAAUAGUGAAAGUCAUUUCCGACAUCAAAAUUGUAAAAAAUGAGAAUUAUUCAAAGUCUGAAUCUAGUUCAAGGUUAUUGAAAAGAAUGGAAAAAAUGAGAUUGGAUAAUUUGGACAAUCUUUCCCUGAUAGACAGGUUGAAGAUGGAUUGUAUGAAUUUAGAAAAGGUUAACAAAAACCUGGAGAGUGAAAUUUUCCACAUGACUAAAACGAACCAAGAAAAUGAAAAUAAAAUUAAGGAAUUGGAAAAUCAAAUAAUGGAAUAUAUAAGGGAUUUAGAGAAUUCGGCCAUAGCUAUUGCUAAAAAAACUGAACAAUAUACCGAAUUGAAAGAAGACAUGGAGCAAGCCAAUCAAGUGAUAAGAAACUACAAUAAACAUUACGAUUCCAAAGCACAAGAGGUGGAAGAACUUAUGGAAGUAAUCAAGUCUAAAGACGAACUCAUAAAAGAGCAGAUAUUUCAAAACAAUCAGCUCUUCAAAGAAUUUCACGAGUACAAAGUAAAGUUCAAUGACGAAGAAACGGAAAGGAUGAUGGUGGAAUUGACACAGGCUCAAGACAAGAUAAAAACAUUGGAGAAAGAAAAGAGAGAAAUGGUCAAACUAAACGGCCUCCUCACGAAGAAAAUAUCAUCUUCCACAUUGUUUGCAGAGCAGAGGAAUUGAUGAAAGAUUUGCUACUUUUUGUGUUUUAUGAAAAGAUGCUGUUUUAUGUUUUUGUUUAUAUAAUAUUUUAUUUUUUUAACGUUUUUUAAAUAAAUCAAACUACUUUUGUUUUUCUCUAUGAAAUAAA